UCGCCCACUCAGUUUGGCCACAACUCUGAAUGCAAGCGCGCCGAUCGUAAACCGCCGUCUUCAGUGAAGUACAUUUCCUCAAAAAUUUCCUCCGUAUAUAUUUUGUGGAACCACAGCCUGGAAUUUGAAUCCACUUGCCAAUGACCGGAUAUUUCCUCUCUAAGAUUUGAAUUUUCAAAAUAGCUAUGAAUUUUAUAAUCCUUUUGACCACGGUUCUGCAAUUAGUCUUGGUGGUAUUGGCGCAGAUUCCGUCGUCUGCGGAAGGCAAAGGCAUUUCUGAUGGCAUUCGCCUGGUUAUGGAGAGGAGUUCCGGUAAUUUAGUACAUUUUCGUGCGUCUCGAGGAACUCUGGAGGAUGAGAAAGUCGCUUCCACAACAAAUGGCGACUCUCACCGCCUCAGGAACAAUCGUAAGCCGAACAAGUCGCAGGAGUACUUUCAGCAGGUGCACAAAUCGGGUUCUCGGAAACUAGUGGUUGCCGGAAAUAGCAGUGCAACAACACAGCACUCACAAACCAAACCCAAACAAGGCCACAAAAACACUGAUAAGCAGCAGCGUCAAGGAAUCAAGCAGCAGCAUGCAGCACAUAGCCAACACCACGGAGGCAAAAGGGCAGGACCCAAGGCGAAGACGUCAGAAAACGGGUCGACCUGUCGGUACGCUAAAAGCGCUUGGUCAGACUGCGAUGGCAAAACCAACAUGCGCACGCGAGUUUUAUCUCUACGGAAGGGAGAGCAAAACUGCUUGCCAACUCGGACUAUACAAAAGAAAUGCAAGAAAGGCUGUCGUUAUGAGAAGGGUACCUGGUCUCAAUGUAACGCUGGGCACAUGAUGAGGGAGGAUAAGUUACAAGCUGAGGCAGUCGGGGGUAGUGAUCAGAACUGCGAUCCCGUGCGUACUGUCAGCAAGAAAUGUAAGGAAAAUGGAAACUCGGGUGGAGGAAAACAUCACGGCAAAAAUCGUGGCACAAAAGAACGCAAGCAAAAGGAGAAGGGUACCCGACGAAUUUCGUCUCACGAUCAAUAAUCGUUUAAAAUUAAUCAUAUUCAAAAUAAAAAAAUCAUAAUCAUAUAAAACACACUACAAAAAGAUUCAAAGCAUUUUUUGGAUAUAUGUAUGUCAAAAAGUUUUGUAAAAACAUAUAAAACCUGGAUUUACUCAAAGCUUUUAAA